AUGGCGCUUCUCCACAAACCGCACACAGAAGACAAAAUUCACAAAUCACCUCUUGAUUUCGAAGAAGACGAAGCCGGGGGCACCCACAUACGCUACGUGUCGUUGGACCGCGUGUACUCUGCCGCGUCUCUCUGUGGAUCAUCCAACGUCAUGUCAAAGAAAGUUAAAGCCCGGAAGCUUUUACCGCACAACCACGACCAGCAUCAUCCACGUGUCAAUAAUCCCCCUUCUUUACUCCACGUUUACUCUCGUCGUCCAAAACGUACCCCCUGCCCUUCGUUUUUUGAUUCGUUGGUUUCACGCGCCACUGCGCCUAAGGAGGUGGUGAAGAGCGAAAUUUGUGGAUUCGAGGAGGAGUCGAUGAUCGAGUUGAACAAGGAGAAGAAGAGGAGAAGGAUUGGGAGUAAUGAGUUGCUGAAAUUGGGUGUCGAUUCUAAUAUUUUGCUAGGGUUAGAUAGGCCUCGAUUGAGGGAUUGCCGUAACAAUACUAACAGCAGCAAUAGUAAGAUUAGGAAUUUUAAGAGAAAGAAGCGUGAUUCUAUGGUUACGAAUUCUGAUAAAUUUUCGGCCCUUCCAGCUACUACUAAAAGAUGGGUCUACUGGCCAUUGGAUGCUGAUUGGUAUUCUGGACGUAUUGUUGGGCACAUUUCAGAUACCAACCGAUAUAAUAUUGAAUACGAAGACGGAGAUAAAGAGGAUUUGAUACUUUCAAACGAGAAAGUAAAAUUUUUUAUUUCUCGUGAGGAGAUGGAGCGGUUGAAUCUGAGUGUCUCUGUAAAAAGUGCAGAUGGUGAUAGAUAUGAUUACGAUGAGAUGGUUGUGCUAGCUGCCAGUUUGGAUGACUGUCAAGAUCUUGAGCCUGGGGAUAUCAUAUGGGCCAAACUUACUGGUCUGCACCAAAUUCCUCAGCUUUUGUCUUUGGAUUUGUUCUGUCUGUUUUCACUCUUAGCAUUACUGACAUUAGCCAUAAAAACCAGAAGAUAUCUUAGAAAUGCUUUGAAAUAUCAAGUCUCUGUAACCCAAGAUAUGAAUUGUCAUGCUAUGUGGCCAGCAAUCGUUGUGGAUGAAGCACUUAUUGGUGAUCAUAAAGGCUUAAGCAAAAAUAUUGGAGGAAGAUCAGUAUCUGUGCAAUUUUUUGGUACCCAUGAUUUUGCAAGAAUUAAGCCAAAGCAGGCAAUUUCGUUUCUUAAAGGACUUCUUUCUUCUUUCCACCUAAAGUGCAAGCAACCUCGUUUCACUCGAAGCUUGGAAGAAGCAAAAAUGUAUCUCAGUGAACAAAAGCUUCCAAGAAGAAUGCUACAGCUGCAAAAUGGCUUGAAAGCUGAUAGCUGUGAGAGUGCGAGUAGUGAGGAUGAAGGGAGUACAGAUUCAGGAGAAGAUUGCAUACAAGAUGGAGGGAUUCGAAGGAUAUUGGCUAGGCUAGGUACUUCUCCUUAUGUAAUUGGGGAUUUGCAGAUAAUAAGCCUUGGAAAGAUUGUCAAAAACUCGGAACAUUUCCAGGAUGACAGAUUCAUCUGGCCGGAAGGGUAUACUGCCUUGAGGAAGUUUACUUCAAUAAAAGAUCCAAAUGUUGGUACAAUAUAUAAGAUGGAAGUGUUGAGAGAUGCUGAGUCAAAGAUUCGGCCUCUAUUUAGAGUGACAAUGGAUAAUGGAGAGGAGGUCAGUUGUGAUGAAAUUAAAGGAUCUACACCAGCUGCUUGCUGGGAUAAAAUAUACAGAAAAAUAAGGAAGAUGCAAGAUGGUACUUCUAAUGGUUUUAACGCUGAAGGUGGAGAAGAAAGAGUUCUCAAAUCUGGUUCCGACAUGUUUGGUUUCUCCAAUCCUGAAGUUAUAAAACUAAUAAAGGGAUUAUCAAAAUCCAGACAUUCUUCCAAACUGUCUAUGUUCAAGUUAACAUCUGAAAGAUAUCAAGGCAUACCUGCUGGUUACAGACCUGUUCGUGUUGACUGGAAAGACCUUGAUAAGUGCAAUGUCUGCCAUAUGGAUGAGGUCCAUGCCAGAUGCUAUGGGGAAUUAGAACCUGUUGAUGGUGUGCUGUGGUUAUGCAAUUUAUGUCGACCAGGGGCUCCUGACUCCCCUCCACCAUGCUGCCUUUGUCCUGUUAUAGGUGGUGCUAUGAAACCUACAACGGAUGGGCGCUGGGCUCAUUUGGCUUGUGCUAUAUGGAUACCUGAAACUUGCCUAUCUGAUGUCAAGAGAAUGGAGCCCAUUGAUGGGCUAAAUAGAAUCAAUAAGGAUCGUUGGAAGCUUUUGUGUAGUAUCUGUGGUGUAGCUUAUGGAGCUUGUAUCCAAUGUUCAAAUAAUACUUGUCGGGUAGCAUAUCAUCCACUUUGUGCACGUGCUGCUGGCCUUUGUGUUGAGCUUGAGGACGAGGACAGACUCUAUCUACUUUCUUUAGAUGAAGAUGACGCAGAUCAGUGCAUUCGCUUACUUUCCUUCUGCAAGAAGCAUAGGCAGCCAUCUAAUGAGCGUGUGGUGAUAGAUGAACGGGUUGGUCGAAUUCCUCGUCGUUGUUCUGACUACAUCCCACCAUGUAAUCCUUCUGGCUGUGCUCGCACUGAGCCUUACAAUUAUUUUGGGAGAAGGGGGCGGAAAGAACCCGAAGCCCUUGCUGCUGCAUCCUUGAAGCGAUUGUUUGUAGAAAAUCAGCCAUACUUGGUUGGUGGUUAUUCUCAACAUGAAUCAUCAGGAUGUACACUUGUUUCUAAUGCACUCAUCAACUCUGGCUUCUCUUCUAGCCUUCAACGGCUAAGAGCCUCUCAACUCGAUGCUCCUAGUAACAUUCUCUCUAUGGCUGAAAAGUAUCAACACAUGCUGCAGACCUUCCGAAAGAGAUUAGCAUUUGGCAAAUCUGGAAUCCAUGGAUUUGGCAUCUUUGCAAAGCAUCCACAUAGGGCUGGGGAUAUGGUGAUUGAAUAUACUGGUGAACUUGUCAGACCUCCAAUAGCUGAUAGGAGAGAGCGCUUUAUAUACAAUUCAUUGGUGGGUGCUGGAACUUACAUGUUCAGAAUUGAUGAUAAACGAGUCAUUGAUGCCACAAGAGCUGGAAGUAUUGCUCAUCUGAUUAAUCACUCGUGUGAGCCCAAUUGCUAUUCGAGAGUUAUAAGUGUUAAUGGUGAUGAGCAUAUAAUUAUAUUUGCAAAGAGAGACAUUAAAAGAUGGGAAGAGCUCACAUACGAUUAUAGAUUUUUCUCAAUUGAAGAAAAACUGGCAUGCUAUUGUGGCUUCCCUCGGUGCCGUGGUGUGGUUAAUGACAUGGAAGCUGAGGAGCAAGUGGCAAAGCUCUAUGCUCCUCGCAGCAAAUUGACAGACUGGAAAGGAGAAUAA